GUGUGUGUGUGUGUGUUUCCUUCAAGAAGUUGUGAUCCAUUCUUGAGUCUUGACCCUUUACAAGCUGUUCGGCAUUAAAUACUGUACUGUUGUUCCAUAUUACCAUUAAUUGUUUUUUCCUUCGAAAUUGGCCAAUAGAAAAAAAAAAAAAAACAUAUCAGUUCAAACUUUGGACUUUUGUUGAUUGUUGGAAGGUUCUCAUUUUUUGAACCUUUUUCGGUUGAAAAAUUAGACAGUUUGGUCAUCUGGGGCGGCGUUCAGUUUUUUUGGAAUUCAGCUUUGUCUUAUUGGUGUCUUUUUGAAAAGAGUUUGAUGCAAUUUUGAGUUAUUGGUCCAUAUCUAAUUUCUUUUUUGAUCAGUUGAGAGGAUUUCAUGUUGUCCACAAUUCUAAUGGGGGAAAGUGGAAACUAGUUAGGGUUUGUUGUGAUUUUGCUUUCCAUUCACGGGAGAUAAGGUUUUUUCACAAGAAACCUGUUCAGAUCCUCAACUACUUCAGUAACUGCUGAGCUUCUUUAUCAAGUACUUAAUCACUAUUGGUUUGGGUAUUUGACCAGAGAGAAAGAGAGAUUGAGAGACAAUAUUGUGCUGUUGUUUCUUGAAUUUUGCAUCCUUAAUUUUGUUUUUACACUAUGAAUCGUUCUGGGACAGCCGACCUGAGAGCAGCAACAGCUGUCGAAGUUACAAAGGAUAGAAAUGGAGUCGAUCAGGUUGUGCUUCGAAACCGGCGAGGGUCGUCAGCUCGGGUUAGCUUGCAUGGAGGACAGGUUCUCUCAUGGAGGACUGACCAGGGUGAAGAAUUGUUAUUCACCAGCAGUAAGGCAAUUUUCAAGCCACCAAAUCCAGUGAGAGGAGGAAUCCCCAUUUGUUUUCCUCAGUUUGGAAACUGCGGAUCGCUGGAGCAACAUGGGUUUGCAAGGAAGAAAAUUUGGGUGAUUGACCAAAAUCCACCACCAUUUUUACAACACAAUGAUUCCAACGACAAAGUCUAUACUGAUCUACUACUUGAGCCAUCUGAAGAGGAUCUAAAGAUCUGGCCACAUAGUUUCGAGUUUCGGCUAAGGGUGUGUUUGACUGUAGAAGGGAAUCUAACCAUGAUAUCGCGCAUCAGGAAUAUCAAUUGCAAGCCAUUUAGUUUUUCAAUUGCUUUCCAUACAUAUUUCUCCAUCUCAGAUAUCAGUGAAGUAAGAGUAGAGGGGUUGGAAACUCUUGACUAUCUUGACAACCUUUUCCAAAGAGAGCGCUUCACAGAACAAGGAGAUGCCUUGACAUUUGAAUCUGAGGUGGAUCGUGUUUACCUUAGUUCUUCAGAUGUGAUUGCUGUUUUUGAUCAUGAGCAAAAGAGGACAUUCACCAUACGAAAGGAAGGACUUCCAGAUGUUGUGGUUUGGAAUCCAUGGGAGAAGAAAUCCAAGUCCAUGGUAGAUUUUGGAGAUGAAGAGUACAAACAGAUGCUUUGUGUUGAUGGGGCAGCAAUUGAGAAGCAAAUUACAUUGAAGCCAGGUGAGGAAUGGACAGGCAGGCUAGAGCUCUCUGUUGUGCAUUCAGGAUGAUGAAGUUGCUACCCUCUUGAAAAAUCGUUGAUUAAAGGCAUAGUAUACAAAUAAGCCACUUAAUAUUUGCUUGCUGGCUCGUACGAUUAUACAAAUAUUUAUUUCAUUCUGUAGUUCUUGUGCAGAAAAUAAAACCCAUAGUCACUAAUUUCUGAUGUGGUGGCUGGUAGUCUGAGUGGAGAUAUUUGUUUUAUUGUUUCUCCAUUGUAGCAAUCACCAAAAAAUUAUGUGCAUCAAACAUUUGUACCCCCAAGAAUUGUAUAUACUCAAUUAUAAGAUUGUUUGGUUACUUCCCUGGAUUUUCCUUUUU